AUGGAGUUGUAUUCUGGGGACGCUAGAUCGGUAAAGAGAAAUGACUUGCUCAACUUCGAAAUCAGUUCUGAUGAAGAUGAGAAAAUUAAGGCAGAGUCAGGCACGCAAACAAAAACAAUGGCUAAAGGGAAAUCUUCACCUAAUAGUUCAAUGAAGGCAACGAUCAGCAGUGGCCUGAAACAAAUAACACCAUCACAGAAACCUAAGAGGAGAAAAAUAAAACUAAUGAAUUGGAAAAGAUAUCACAAAUUGAGCGUCAUAUACUCGUUCCUGGAUGACCUUGAGAGAGAUUACCCAGCUAUAUGUACUAUAUCUGUAAUCGGAAAAUCAGUUGAAGGCAGAGAUAUUAAGAUGUUAAAAAUAUCAAACAGUGACGCGAGCAACGCCGCAGUAUGGCUCGAUGCAUCCAUACACUCUCGGGAAUGGAUCAGCACGGCUGUUGUCACCUACGUGGCUGACUACAUCGCUAAGAACUUCCAUAAGCACUCCAAAUCUAUUACCAACAAGGAUUGGUACAUAGUACCAGUUCUAAAUCCAGAUGGCUACGAGUUCACACACACAAAUGAUCGUAUGUGGAGAAAAAACAGAGCUCACCAUGAAGGGGAGAGUGUGGGAGUCGACCUGAACAGGAAUUUUAGCUACGGUUGGGGUAAUAAUGGCGAUCAAGGUUCAUCUGGUGAUCCAAGUAACGUGUUCUACAGGGGACCAGCUCCGUUUUCCGAACCGGAAACAGCAGCUGUGCGAGAUACAAUUCUUGGAUCAGCAUCGCCGUUCAAAGUGUUCCUGUCAUUCCAUAGCUACUUCGAGCUGAUAAUUUUCCCGUGGGGAUACAAGUGUGAGCCAUGUCCAGACUACCUGCAUCUCCUGGAGGCCGGCACGGUCAUGGCAAGGGCAAUCUACGAGACCACCGGUAUGAUAUACAAAGUCGGCAGCACAAAGGAUCUCACCUACUUCGCAUGCGGCACGAGCACAGACUGGAGUUAUGCGAUAGCCAAAAUACCAUACUCCUUUAUGAUAGAACUUCGAAGCAAGAAGCAUAGAUUCCGGCUUCCGAAAGACCAAAUUAAUGAGACAUGCGUAGAAAUAUGGAACGCCGUUAUGGGUCUAAUGGAUUUUAUUGACAGUACAAAGUUUAAAUUUAAAACGAAAAAAUAG